GCAGUCGAUUAACGUUCGUCCGUUUGGAAGGUUUUCGAAUAGAGAAUAGUAGUAGUAUGUACGUUUGUGUGUAUAAUACGAGUUGGAUGGAGUGUCGGAUGCGCGUUCGCAUUUCGCAAGAGUUCCCCCACCAUCGUGCGGGGAACGCCCUAUGGCCUAUCGUGACCCGGCUGUGAACUAAGAACCUCCCCGGUCCGCCCAGGCCAAGUCAGUGUCGGGCCCGAGACCGAAAGGUCACUAGUAGAGGCUAGAGUGUGUUGUGGGGUUGACCUAUCACCUCCAAUGCGAAGAUACGUGCUCCGUCAGAAAACGAAAUCGUCCAAGUCUCCAAGUGCGAUCGCAGUUCAAAGGCUUUGAACCCUGCUCUCCAGGUUACUUCUUCAGCUGGUCUACGUUGUUGUUGUUGUUGUUGUUACCUCCGUCGUGGUGCUCGCCGUCGUGAUGUCAACUUCUUAGUUCGGUGUUCGUGCUCGAGAAUAAACAAAACAGUGGUGUGCGAAAAGGGACGUGAGUAGUUAAUAACGCGAUGGCUAUGGUCGUAACGUCUUGGCGCGACUCAUCGCUAGUCAACCCCAUCCCGAACAGUCUGAACACGCUGUCGAACGGGCUCAACGGACCGCUGCCGCCGUCCGUCGGCACGCCGUCUCUCAACCCGUUGCCCGCCAACCUUAACCCGAUCACCCUCGACAACGGAGACAUAUCUCUGAUCAACCGCCAGACACCCUCGCAAAACUCUCAAAACAGUGCUAACAGUGCCGACAAAAACCAAAACAUUGAGUGCGUGGUCUGCGGAGACAAAUCUUCAGGGAAACACUACGGACAAUUCACCUGCGAAGGUUGCAAGUCAUUUUUCAAGAGGAGCGUUAGAAGGAAUCUGACGUACUCAUGUCGGGGGAGUAGGAAUUGCCCGAUUGACCAGCACCAUAGGAACCAGUGUCAGUACUGUCGGUUAAAAAAAUGCAUGAAAAUGGGAAUGAGAAGAGAAGCCGUCCAAAGAGGCAGGGUGCCACCAUCUCAGCCAGCCUUGCCAGGUUUGCCGAAUCAAUUUCUGAACUCCAGCGAUUCCGUAACAACUUCGUUAAGUAAUCAUUCGUACCUUAGCAGCUACAUAUCGCUAUUGCUCAGAGCCGAACCGUACCCCACUAGCCGGUAUGGCCAAAUGAUACAGCCUAAUAAUAUUAUGGGUAUCGAGAACAUAUGCGAACUGGCGGCCAGGCUGCUUUUUUCCGCCGUCGAAUGGGCGAGAAACAUACCGUUUUUUCCCGAUUUGCAAGUUACUGAUCAAGUGGCUUUGCUGAGGUUGGUGUGGUCCGAAUUGUUCGUUUUGAACGCUAGUCAAUGCUCCAUGCCUCUGCAUGUUGCGCCUCUUAUAGCCGCAGCGGGUUUACAUGCAUCUCCGAUGUGCGCCGAUAGAGUUGUGCAAUUUAUGGACCACAUAAGGAUAUUCCAAGAGCAAGUGGAAAAAUUGAAGGCUCUUCAUGUGGAUUCGGCGGAGUAUUCCUGCCUGAAAGCCAUAGUUCUUUUCACGACUGAUGCAUGCGGCCUAAGCGACGUGGCGCACAUAGAAUCGAUCCAGGAAAAGUCGCAGUGCGCUCUGGAAGAGUACUGCCGAUCGCAGUACCCGAAUCAACCUACCAGGUUCGGUAAGUUGUUGCUCAGGUUGCCCAGCUUGAGAACCGUGAGUUCGGCCGUGAUCGAACAAUUGUUUUUCGUGAGAUUAGUGGGCAAAACGCCGAUCGAGACCCUCAUCAGGGACAUGCUUUUAUCGGGCAGCUCUUUCUCUUGGCCGUACAUGUGAUACUUGAAAUUGUACUAGGGGUACUAGUCAUUUUUUGUUUGUUUAUUAUUAUUAUUAUUAUUAUUUACACUACGCUGGACUUUGUUUUCCUCUUUUAUAAGAUUAAAAAAGUGGAAAAGUUAAAAAAAUCGUUUCUAACUUUUUCAUUUUUUUAAUUCACCUUCAAAAGUGGUGAAAAUUCACUGCCCCUCCUUGUCCAAGUCACAGUCUAAAUACUGUGACUUGUUUGUGAAAAAGGCAAUUUAGCAAUUGGACAGUCUCGUUAGUAGCAAUACAUGUCAUGGUAUCUAUGAUUAUCCAGUGUACCAUAAGUGAAUGAACAUACAAAAAAGCCGAAUUUGAGUGAUAGAUACAUCGUAUUUAGUUUCUCGCCAUAGACUUUCAUACGUAACAUAUCAAGGUAAAAAGAAUCGAGCAUAUAUCAAAUUUGCCAAAAAAAUAUAGCUCCUAAAAUGUUCCUUUUUAUAAAUAAAUUUUUAGUUCUCCUUAUUAAUUGUAUAACUUACAUCGUGUAUAAAUGUUUUAGUAAUAA